AUGGCUACCCUUCAGAACCGCAUAGUUAAGUGCUGCCAACGCAUCUGGGCUGCGGUCAGGGACAUUCUGUGCGACGACUCACCCGAGGGCCACUUGCCCCAGGAGCUGGAAGAUCUCGAGGGUCUCGACACCAAGGACCUGCUGAGCUACAGCUUCCGCGCCAUCCACGAGUCUAGUGCUCUGAUGCGCGUCAUGGUUCUGCCUCUCAAGUCCAAGGCCAAAGACGGAAUUCUGCGCCCCUCGACCGACCUCUUCACAACCGUCGGAUCCUUGACCUUUGACCAGCUGUCGAGCCUCAGACACCGCGGUGCCUUCAACACUGUUUCGCUGUCGUUCGCAACCUGCUGCCAGCUGGUCAAGCACCUCGACGACCCCCAAGCAGGCCACGAGAACGGCGAGACCCUGCUCGAUGUCUGGUACAGAGGAACCAAGGAAUGCAUCUUUUCCCAAGCAUCCACAACCCGCCGCUCCGCCGGCAUCCCCGCCAUGAUCACCGGCAUUAUCUCCGCCAACGCGCCGCAACCCUCCUUUGACGUCGUCAUUGAGGAGCUCGUCGCCAUCGCCCGCAAACCCGCCUUCAACUCCGAGUCGGACGGCUCCAAGCUGCCCCAGGUCCACGCCCUCAACUGCCUCAAGGACAUGUUCAAGAGUUCUUUCAUCACCCAGCUCGGCAAGUCAGCGCCACACAUCCCGCAGUGCCUCGACCUCGCCGCCGGCAGCCUUAAGUCCGAGGUCUGGGGUAUCCGCAACUGCGGCCUCCUCUUCCUCCGCUCCCUCCUCGACAACCUCUUUGGCACAAACGAGAGCAAAGCCACCCUCGAGGCCGGCUGGGAUGGCCGCACAACCCGCCUGCAGUACCACAAGUUCCCGAUCUUGCCCUCCGUGCUCUUGAACCUCCUCCGCUCCGGUCGCGAGGUCAUGAAACCCACGACGCUCGGCAGCACCAUCGCCGCCGAGUCCGUCUUCCCGGCCCUCGACAUCAUCCGCCGCGCCGGACCACCCGACGCCUCCCGCGACGAGCUGUACGGCCUAGUCGCGGGCUACCUGGCCAGCCCCGUCUGGCACGUGCGGGAGAUGGCCGCCCGCGCGCUGUGUUCUUUCCUCCUCAAGGACGACGAUUGGGUUAGCCUUGCCGAGGCCAUCAUCAACGACUCCCUCGCCGCGGCACCCGCGAGCAGGAACAACCACCUCCAUGGCGGCCUGCUGACCGUUAAGGCGGUCUUUGAGCGGCUCUCCGAUGUCUCGCCUCAGAGACUGUCGUCUGGCCUCCCGCGCGUGGUUUCGAUCCUCAGUGGUCUCCAAGCCAGCGCGUCCGACUCCUUCGCCUCCUGCCCAGACAUCCGCGCCGCUUACCUGGAAGUCCAAAACCUCAUCUCCCUCUUCACCCUAUCUUACCCGUUGCCAUCAACAUCGACAUCGCAGAACGCUGCAUCCUACACCAUCUCACAAUCCUCACAAAGCGCCCUCCUCCGCACCCAACUCGCCAUUGCGGCAGUCCACGCCACCCAAACAUCCUCCUCCCCCUCCGCCUCCCUUCGCGAAACCCUCCUCUCGACGAGCACAACAAGCGUAGAGACGACAAUCACAACCCUCGAAACCCUCGCCUCAGUCCACCACCCGCGCCUGUCCCUAGCGGAAGCAGCAUCCUACGCCACGCUGUACACCGACGUAGCCCGCUCCGCAACGCACCCAGACUCCUGCGCCGCCGCCCUCGUCAACCUCGCAGAGGUCCUCGACCUCGUCCUGGCAGAAACAGCCGCCCGCAAUGCCGAUGCCAGCUCUCAACAACUCUCAAACCUCCUCCCCACCCCCGAGACCCUGACACAGCUCUGGCAAGACCUCCUCGCUCGAACAAUCAACCCAAACCUCUCCAACGCAAUCACCCGCGCCAGCGGCCCCAUAAUGGCAUCCCUCGUCUCUCAAUUCCCCGUCUCCCAAUCCACCGCGCAAUCCCUCCGCGGCUGGGGAAACCUAAUGUCCUCGGCCCUCCACGACUCCCGCCCCUUUGACACCCGCAUCGCCGCAGCAGCCUCCCUCGCCUCCUUCUUCUCCGCAACAACCUCAACCUCUUCAACCACCGCAGACCAAGCGCAAGCAGCAGAGGCCCCCCUCCUCCCCGCCCUCAUAGCCCUCUACGACGCCCUCAACGACGACGACGACGAAGUCCGCGACCUCGCCUCCCUCUCCGCAAAACACAUCCUCUCCCAACCCCUCGCGCCCCUCGACGCCGCCUCCUCGCUGCUGUCCUACAUCGCAGCCACCUACCGCGACAGCCCCACCCUUCACUCCCUCCUCGCAUCCCGCCUCACGGGCCAGGUCUCCUCAGACUCAACCAACAACACCAACAUAGAGACUACCACCGCCGCCUCGCAAUGGUCCACCGCAGAAUCACAACUUUCCGCCGCCCUCCGCUUCGACGACUCCCUCUUCGCAAUCGAAGAACAGAACCUCUUCAUCGACGAGGUCCGCGAGUCAAAGCGCUGGGCCGCCGUCUUCCAAGACAUCUUCUCCUCUACUUCGGAUUCUGCCUCUGCGUCAGCGGCGCGCACGGCACUAACGACCUGGACCUCCGCCGGCCUAGACGCCCUCCUGGCCCUCACAUCCCAACCAUCCUACGCAGACGAUGGACCGCUAGGCUGGACUUCCGACCCAGACGUUUACGCAGUCUGCGCGCGCGUCCUCCUCGCCGCGACGGCACUUACCAAGGUCAAUGUCGGCGGCGUCAAUGGAUCCGAGGCGCUCAGGGAGAAAUUGGAAAAGUUGAGGGCUGUAGGUCAGCGGGGGAGAUUUCAUGGGUUGUUGUUGGAGAUGACGAGUGCAUGA